ANAUUUUAAUAAUAUUAAAAAAUGGCUUCUCCCGAUAAAGCAGAAAAGGAAUCUUUAUUAGAAGCUGAAAGUUACUUAAUGCAAGGAAAAUGUCAUCUAUUUAAUCAAAACUAUGUUUCUGCAGUUAACAGUUUGCAGAAAGCUUGUCGAUUAUUUUCUCAAAAGUUUGGUGAUAUGUCUAGUGAAUGUGGAGAUGUUUAUUUUUGUUAUGGUAAAGCUCUCAUUGAAUUGGCCAGACUUGAAAAUGGAACAUUUGAACAAAUUGAUACUGGUAUGUUAAAAUUAAUUAUUUUUAAUAUUUUAAAUGUAGAAAAGAACUUAAUAAAAGUAUAACAAUUAAGUACAGAGUAAUGAAAUCAAAUGUUUUGUUCUUAAAUGUAACUUAAUAACCAUGUUAAAAAAAAUUGGUGCAAUACAUUUUGUUAAGAUCAAAGAAUUCAUCUACUACAUUGCAUUCAGCCAACUUAGCCUAUUUAUUUAUUCUAAAUAGAAGAGAAAAGGAGAUUCAUAUUUACAUUAUUUUCCACAAUAAUAAUACCUUCUUAUUUAAAAUUUUAACAUAAAUUUUGUAAAAGUUGAAAAUACAUACAUUAUUAGAAGAAUAUAAUCACCCCUUCAGAAUGGAAUGACAAAUGCCAAAAUUGGCUAAUAGUGGUACAUGUCAAGAUAGUGUUGAUGUGAUAGACAGGUUAAAAUUUACAUAGUAGUGUAGAUGCCAGAUAGACCACAGUGAAGAUACUGUACUUAAACAACUUCAGCAUGGCUGUAUUGUGGGCCUGUCAGAAGCAGGAUUGUCUGCACAGCAUAUCACUCAUCACUGUGGACAUGCCAUAACCACAGUUUUGCUCUGUCUUCACCAGUGGAAUGAGGAAGGAUCUCACCAAAGAUGACCAGGAUCUUGAACCAUCAGAUAACAUCAAAACAAGACAAACACUGGAUUAUCCAAUAGGCUUGGCCAUCAACCAUGGUCACUGCAACACAGAUUCAGCACAUGUGAUGCAAUGCAAAGAAUCACAAGCACUAUCCAUAGAUGACUACACAAUGCAGGACUAUUGACAAGGCAACUAUUUCAAUGCACUGUUUACAAUGCAUUGAAUUUGUUGCCUUGGCUAUAGUUACAAUGGCUUUAGUGGUGUCACGCAAGUAGACUUUCGGCAUGGGAACGGAGACAAGUAACUUUCUCUAAUGAAUCUUGUUUCUACUUGCUGUGUGAUGAUGGCCAUAUCAGGUGCUGGAGAUAUACAGGUGAGCAGCUCUAUUUGCCAGAUGUUUAUAGAAAGACAAACUACACCCUAGUGUUAUGAUAUGGGUUGUGAUCUCCUACAAUAACAGAUUAGUUCUAGUAAUUUUCAAUGUGAUCUCACAGCACUCUGAAAUCAGGAGAUUUUGGAACUAUACUUUAGGUCAGUUGUGUCCCAAAGGGAUUUUGCAGCAUGGUGACAUAAAAUAUCAGACAGAAUGUCAGACUAGGAGCACUAGUCUGCUGUGUGAAAUCUGUUUGCAAGAUAUGACUCAUGAUACUUGAAAGGAGAAGUAUGUUGUCAUCUCUCUAGAACUUCUCACUGUAGCUAAGUCUGCAGUGUGACAAGUGGCUUUGCAAGCAUCAUGUAAUUAUCCGUUACAUUCAACUCUUCUUGUCUUCUCACUAUGUAGUGAGAAGGCAAGAAGAGUUGAAUGUAACAGAUAAUUACAUGCAAGUUGUUCUCACUAUGUAGUGAGAACAACAUGCAUGGUCACUUGCUAACCUAACCACCAGUCUUUCCAGGCAAUUUCUUUUUCAACAAUGCUUUUUGUUUCACAUUACCUUUCAAAUCAUUCUGUAUCUAUGAAAAAGUUUCAUAAAUUAAAUCAUUUUGUUGUAGACUAUUAUUUUGUUAUAGACAUGUUAUAUUUUCAUUUGAUACAAACACAUGUUUUUAAUAUAACUUUUUAAAUUAAUUUUUAAGUAUGCUUACCAAAGAUUUAAUUAUCACAUUACAAUAUAAACAUCUACUGAAACCAGAUGCCUAGCAAAUUAAUUACUUAUAAUUAAUUUGCUGAUUAUAAUUAUUAAAUUUAAUACGAGAUGGUGCCUAACGCCUUCCUCUAGUGCCAAAUUUAUUUGUAAUUCAUAAUUAUUAUUUCCAAAAUACAGCACAAUUAUUUACAGCAAUUGUGGGUGUCUAUUUGCACAUUACAAAAGAUUUUUUUAUGAUUCAUAUAGUUUUUUUCAAGUUCACUAUUAAAUAUUUUAUUAUUUAAAAUUCUAAGCUUUAUAUUAAUGUACAAACAUAAGAGACUCAUUAGUUUAAUUUUAGCUAGCAAUAUAAUAUUCCUAUAAGGUAUAUUUUUAUUGAUCUACAACA